UCCUUCGUAGAUAAUUCAAAAUCCUGGACAAAUUCAGUCUGGAAUCGAUCCUCAGUAUUUAGCAUCGUAUCGUGGAAGUAGCAAUUUUUUAGCAGGACAACAGCAAAACCAGGGUCAACAUUUAAUCCCAAUGCGAAGAGAUAUUCAUGAGCCGCAGUACAUUCAAGGUCAACAAAACAAUCCAGAUCAACAACAAAUUCAUGGGCAAUUGUACGUGCAUGGACAACAACAAAUUCCUGGGCAACAGUACUUGCAUGGACAACAACAAAUUCAUGGGCAACCGUACAUGCGUAUGCAACAACAAAUUCAUGGGCAACAACAAAUUCAUGGGCAACCGUACAUGCGUAUGCAACAACAAAUUCAUGGGCAACCGUACAUGCGUAUGCAACAACAAAUUCAUGGGCAACCGUACAUGCGUAUGCAACAACAAAUUCAUGGGCAACCGUACAUGCGUAUGCAACAACAAAUUCAUGGGCAACCGUACAUGCGUAUGCAACAACAAAUUCAUGGGCAACCGUACAUGCGUAUGCAACAACAAAUUCAUGGGCAACCGUACAUGCGUAUGCAACAACAAAUUCAUGGGCAACAGUACAUUCAACCUCAAGAAAAUAUUCAACCGCAAGCUUUUCAAGGUCAACAACGCUAUCAAGCUGAUCCAAAUCUCCAGAAUAUUGUCCAAGAAACAACAGAGGCAUUAUUUUGCACUAAAUACUUGAAUAAAAUUUUUACUGGUGCUGUCAAAACUACGAAGAAGUAUGUCAAUGAGCCGCUUUCUACUACAAAAGGAAAAUCUCAAACGCAAGCUUAUCAAUCAAAACAGUUAAAUUUUUCUGGUCAUGCCUCAACUUCUACGACAAACGAAGAAUCUAGUUUGCAAAAUGUAGUUAUGCCAUUAAAAGAAGUAAGGAGCAAGUCAACGGAGAUUAUUGUACCGGAAAAUGAAGCUCAAAAUUUGCGAAAAAUGCGUUUAGAUAAGCUUCAAGCGUUACAUAAAAGCGGACCGCGAGCAUUUUCCGGACCCGUGGAGAAAGUGCUCAAAUGGCACAAGGUCCUAAAGGAAAUAGGCGUUUUGAUACUUUACGAAAUUGUCGCGAAAUGCUUAAGCGUGAGAAAGGGCAAACCUUGUGAGAAGAUUUUAGUGAUAAAAGAUGAAAAUGGACCGGCGAUGGAAGUUGUGUACUAUGAGAUUGAUUUUCUUUUACCUGAAUUGAUAUUACCCUGUACAGUUAGAGUGGUAGGUCGCAUGAUGUUGGGCACGUGUCGUCUGCAGGCGUUCAGUGUUCGCGCUGCGACCGGCGACGACAUCACCACACUGCCGCGUCGUGCCGCCAUCGCGCAACACCACGUCUCUAAACUAGCUAAGGAAUAUACUCAAUAAAUACUAUUAGAUAUAUAAUAUGUACUUGAAUAACUAUAUAUGGUACCCGGACCUAG